AUGAUAAUUGAAGGCACACUUGUUGUGAGUAUAAUAACUAUAGUUGUGUUAUGUGUUCUCUACAAAAUUAGUAGUGAUGCAGAAAAAGAUAGCGACGCACCAGAAAGCAACAAUGUUGCUUCUCAAGAAGAAACACAAAAAGAUGUUGAACAACAAAAUCAAAACCAAGAAACAGAGGAAAUACAAACUGUUGACAUCUCUUCACUUGUCAAAGACAAGACUAAGCAAUUUGAAGAUAAAAUUGCAGCUCUUGAGAAGAGUCACACCACACAGCCACUAGUCAAAGAACAGGCACCACAACAAGAAAAACACAACACAACAAAUAAAGAAAAUUGCACAACAAAUGAGUACGUUAAGAAAGAAGAAACGUGUUUUGAGAAACAAAUGGUCACGCCAAAAAAUGAAAAAAAAGAUAUUGUGCCGAAAAUUGAAGCCCCAAAAGAAGUUAAACCGAAAGAAUCCAUUCAUGUUAAAACGGUUUUUGAAGAAAAGGAAGAACGCAAUAAAUUAAAUUGCGUCUCAUUGUCGAAUCUCAUUGUGUAUUUGGACAACUACAAAACAGCCGCCAAAUUGUUUCUUGUCAAUAAAAAAUGUCAGCACAGCCGCGAGCUUGUCAAAACGAGUCCACACUAUAAAGCUCCGUCUAUAGAUUUAAGCUUUCCAAGAAGUAUUUUUUUCGAACAAGAAGCACUUCUCGAAGAGCUUUAUUUGUUCCCAAAAAUGGAAGUUUUUGAGAUUUAUAAUGACCCAAGUGAACUCCGAGCUGUUUUGGGAAAAAGCAAGUCAAUAAACUUUGCUGUAAAAACUUUCUUGUGCAGUAAAGAUAUUAUGGGUCUUGAGAAGGAGGACAAAGCGCGUUUUGUUGAGAUAUACUACAAAAGUAAAACCCCAGAGAGGAUCACACUAUUUAAAAACCUCAAAACAGCGACGCUUGGAAUUGAGAAGGACCAGAAGGUCACUAAAUUUGUUCUGAAGAAACAUCAGAUGGAUGUACUGAAUAUCGUAUUUUUCGAUGGACUGGACGUUACGUUUCUUGAGAAGAGUGGAGAAUACAAAGCAAAGAAUAUUAACAUCGUUUGUGUUAAGGAAGAGGAUGUCAAAAAAGCAAUUGAAAUUCGCAAAACUUUGGGGCUUAAGUAUGUUGUCGUUUUGGCAAGUUCUCAAAACGUCAAUCAAAGUCCAAAUGAGUUUAUUGUGAUUGCGAAAAAGUACCAAACCGAAAAGAAAAUAAUUGAACCACUCAAAUUUAUUGGAAUUCCACUGAAUAAUUUGGAAAGGUGGAACGGCGAACAUCAUGUCAUUUUUGAAAACCAGAAAAUUGAUGAAAACUUCAAUUUGAAAGGAAAAGACGGAAUACUUCAAGUUGAAUUCAAAAAUUGUGAGAUUGACACGGCUGUCGACGUCAACGACUUUUAUCCGCCUUCAAUCUUAUCACUCAUUUCUGGAAUUGAAUUUGUCCCGACUCACUGUGACAACUUGAAAAAAGUUACAUUGAGGAAUUGCCACGACCCAAUAAAUCUGGAGCACCUGAGCCAACUACAAGAGCUCUGUAUUGAAGAUUCUUCGUUUGGGGAAAUCAAGCAACCCCUGACGCUGCCACGAAGGUGCUCAGUAUUGACUUUGAUAAGAAUAUCACAAGUCCGACUCGACCUUGAAAAUUGCAAAAAUGUUUUUGAAAUUGUUAUUCAAGAAAUGGACAAAAUUGAGAUUAGAGUUCCGCACUACAUAAGUAAUUUGAUCAUCUACAACUCUAAGAAUGUUGCUAUGACAAAGCUUGAUGAAAUAGACCUAAAGCGUUUGGCCCUUAUUGGCUCACAACUCAUAUUCUUCGAUUUUUUUAAAGUUGUGGAUAAACUCGAUGUUUUAAUUAUGAAAUAA